AUGUCCCAGGCUGGUGGCAGCCCCUGUGCAGAGGACGGGGGGCCACACGCCGAGGCGCACACACGCACCCCGAGCCGGGGAAGCCAGAAGCUUGAGUGCAUCAUCUGCUACUCCUCGUAUGACCUGUGUGGCCGGCUGCCGCGCCGGCUCUACUGUGGCCAUACCUUCUGCCAGGCCUGCCUCAAGCGCCUGGACGCCGUCGCCAACGAGCAGCGCUGGAUCCCCUGCCCACAGUGCCGCCAGAAUACGCCCACGCCACGCGGCGGUGUCACCAUGCUCGACCUCGACCUGGCCACUUUCCUCCUCGUCAAGGCUGACAAGGAGCAUCCCCGGGCGGCCGCACGCUCCCUGCAGGAUGUGGCCACCAAGGGCUCGUGUAAGGAGCCUCCGGUCACGCAGCAGCCGCUGGGGCUGUGCCAAGACGCAGUGCCCCAGGCACCGUUCCCGCACCGUGGCUGCUGCCGGCCGUGCAUCUGCUGUGGGGUGACAGCAGAUUUUGAGAGCUGA